GUUGUAAUGAAAAGUGAAUUCUCCAAUUCCCACCACGAUGGAAUAAAAGGAGUAAAAGUUACCCAUUGCCCGUGGCCCGUGCGUCUCCACCCUAUUCUGCUAAGUGCGAUAUUGCUACUGCAAAUUCCACACCCUAUUCAUCUUCCGCCGCACUCUCCCUCUUUCGGAAUAUCGCAAGCGAACCCUCGUAUUCUCUCUUUCAGAUCUGAAUCUCGCGUCGAUCGAAGUGCAGUUUUAAUUAUGUCUGAAGAGGUGGAAUAUCGCUGCUUUAUCGGUGGCCUUUCAUGGUCAACAUCUGACAGAGCUCUGAAAGAUGCAUUUGAAAAGUUUGGAAAGCUUCUUGAGGCAAAGGUAGUUGUUGACAAGUUCUCUGGGCGUUCUCGUGGAUUUGGGUUUGUCACUUUUGAUGAUAAGAAUGCAAUGGAUGAUGCUAUUGAGGCGAUGAAUGGAAUGGAUUUAGAUGGGCGGACUAUUACUGUUGAUAAAGCUCAGCCUCACCAAGGUUCAAGUAGAGAUCAUGACAGUGACCGCAGCCGUGACCGUGGUCGUGAUCGUGACCGUAACCGUGACUAUGGAGGUGGAGGUGGGCGUGGAUCUAAUGGUGGAGAGUGCUUCAAGUGUGGGAAGCCUGGACAUUUUGCUAGGGAGUGUCCAAGUGAAGGGGCAAGAGGGGGCAAGUAUGGUGGAAGGGAUGAUAGAUCUGGUGGCGGGGGUGGUGGUGGGGGUGGCCGUUAUGGUCCUGAUCGAAAUGGAGAUCGAUUUGGUGGGCGCAACAGGGAUUCUGGUAGUCGUGGAAGUUCUGGAUCUGAUCGGUACAAUCGUGACCGCAGUGGACCUUAUGAACGUCGUAGUGGUGGGGGCUUUCGCUCUGGAUAGAAUGGUUGCUUCUGAUUGUGAUACGGAAUUGGACGUGCUGCAGUUGCUGUUUUCAGAAGCGUUCAAGUUUAUUUGCUGGAUACAUUCUUAUGAAUAUUGUCAGGGUGGAUCAUUCUAGUCUAUCAGUAGUUUGAAGUGCAAAAACUGGCACGAUACUCACCUGCUUUGUGUUCCAAAAAUGCUCAUUUCGAUGUUUUGGUCCGGGAUAUUAUGCUUGCUUGACAUGGACUUUCGAAAUUGGUCUUGUAGUCUAAGAAUGCCAUUAUUGCUGCUGGA